GAGGAUCCCGGGCGGCAACAAUAUCAAGGAGCCCAUGGAGGAAAAGGACAGCGUGGAGGAAAAGGGCAACAACGACCAGCAUCGCAGGCAAAACUACGAGCAGCAGGCGUUGUACCUUACAGGCCAGAUUCACUUCCUGCAGCAGAAGCUUACAGUGGUGGAGUCAACGGCUUCGAAUGCUUUGCAGGUGGCAGCAGCGGCGCAGCAGCAAGCAAUGGUGAAUGAACAGCAGUUCAAGAGGCAGCGCAAAGGCCACCAGAAGAAAAAGCAGUCUGAGGAAGAUGAAUCUCCUCGAUCUUCAGCAAAGGCUACAGCGGCUGCAUCCAAGGAGGUGGCAGCGGCUGCAUCCAAGGAGGAGGAACAACCAAAGGGCGACAGCAAAACAGCGAGGAGUCCAGUGGCAGCGGCAGCAAAGCAAGAGAUCAAAAGCGAAGAGUCCAGCGAGGAGGAAUCCUCGGAAUCAGAGGAAUCAAAGCAAACAGAUCGCACGAAGAUUGUCUCUCCGACAUCACGCAUUCCGCUGUCAGUGAUUGAGAAGGGUAAGGACACGGAGGAGUCGGUGGGGUGA